CAAGAACUCGGGUCGAGUCGGAUCUCGGAGACGAUUUAGGGCUCCACUAAAACGAAAUUACCAGAAACUCAGACAGAGAAGGUAGAAGAAGAAGAAGAAGAAGAAGAGGAGUACCAAAUCCCUGCUCAAUUCCAAUUCGUAAUCGUUGUCAAUGGCAGCUUUUGCUCUCUCUAAUUACACUCUCAUUUCUCCUCGCCCUUCUACUCCACUCGUUUCUUCUUCCUCUAAAACCCUAGAAUCCACAUCCCUUAUUCACCAACCUCUUUGUCUUCGUCAUAAUCCUCCCCAUCGCUCUCGUCUUUGUAACUCAUUAUUAAGUUUCUCUCCCACCACCCCUUCUUCUCCAGUUACUCGUUCUUUCGUAUCCUGUCUUUCUGCUCAUGAUUCUGUUGCCAAUGUAAAUAAUGAAGAAGAUGAUGGAAAAGCUAUGGAAAAAGAUGGAUAUCAGUUUGAUAGAUAUAGCUUGCAGACCCUCAUAGAUGUAUACCGAGAAGCUUUUCUUGACGGAGAUCAGAAGACUGUUUCUGAAGUCGAGGCGAAAAUAAAAAUAAUUGGGAGGGAGAAAGAUGGGCUGUUCCAGAAAGUGUCCAAUGUAUCGGCGGAGAUAACAUCUGGAAAAGAGAAAUAUAUACGCCUACAAGCUGAUUUUGAUAAUUUUAGGAAAAGAUCAGAAAAAGAACAACAUACCGUGAAGAACAAUGCUCAAAAGGAGGUUAUCGAGAGCCUAUUACCAAUCAUUGACAAUUUUGAGAAAGCCAGACAACAAAUUGUUCCUCAAACUGACAAGGAGAAAAAGAUUGACAUAAGCUACCAGGGUAUAUACAAGCAAUUUGUGGAGACGUUGAGGAGCUGGCGUGUCUCAGCUGUUGCCACCGUAGGAAGACCAUUCGAUCCUUCAUUACAUGAAGCUGUCGCUCGAGAGGAGUCACAGGAGAUCAAGGAAGGGAUCAUUAUUCAAGAAUUACGACGUGGGUUUCUGCUCGGUGAACGACUUCUUAGACCAGCAAGAGUAAAAGUUUCAAAAGGUCCAGGUAGGAGGAAUUCCCCGACAAUCAACGCCGGGCAAAAACCUGCAGCUGCUGCUGGAGUAGAUGAACAUUGAUCAAUUCAACACCAUUUUUUGGUUCAUCUCAAAGAAUUGGAUUUAUUGGCUUAUUGUAGCACCAUAGUGUAAAUGUAUCUCUUAGACUUUCUUUUUCAACUAGUUUUUUGAUCCUUACCAUCUUAAGAGUUGAUAUAUAGGACAUUUUUUUCUUUACCAGCAGUCACUGGCUAUCUAUUUUCUUCUCUUUCCCCUUAAAAAAUAAUCUUAUUGAGGAUAUAAUAUCAAAGAUAACCUUUAUGAAAGCCUGGUUGGCAAUCCAUGAUACCUGUUCUGUUUU